AUGAUUAACCGCGUCCCCAUCAAGGAAGACCAUGACCGCCUUGCCAAACCACCGGCGCUGCGCAAGGACCUCAAGGGCGUCGCCAAGUUGCUCUGGAUGAACGGUGACAUCCAGCUUUCGAGGGAGGACACCCCAGCCCUGUCCCAAGCGCCCCUCUCCCACUCUCCCAAGCACCCCUCUCCCAAAGUCGUGCACAGGCAGACCGACGAUGAACUCAAGGACACGUUUGGGGCGGACAUUUGGGCAAUCUUGUCGCCGCCCGCUACAGGAUCGUGUUCGUCAACGCCACCUCCCGAUGCCCCGGAAUCCUCCAAUCCUGGCUCGUCGCGUCUCCGUUUGACUUCCGUCCCCGCCAGUGCGUCUUCUCUGGUCACUCUCGGCAUGCUACACGCCGAGUACAAGCUCACCGCCGCCACCCCGAAACCGUUCCUCGAUCACCGGGUUCACCAACUGGACCCCGCCAAAAAACAUGGUCGUUCCCCCUGCUUCUAUGAGGGACCGCAGGUGCUUCCCUCUGCGACCGAGAAGGACUGGGCAGCCUUCCGCAAGAUUUACGAGUACGCCUAG